AUGCGGAUCGCCGAAGCGGAUCACAAAGUGGAGUCGUUGACGAAGAUCUUCGACGUUUAUCGUCGACGAAGAUGGUUACUGCAAAGGGUGAUCAAAUUGGAUCGUAAUCGUGGAUCUUCGAGGCGAACAAUCGACGCAAAUCGUGGAUGGAAAUGAUCGUCCACGAAGUUGGCUGGAGUCGAUUGUCGACGUGAAUUGCAAACGCAACUCGUCGAAGCAGAUCCUCAACCCGAAUAUUCAGCGCAUAUUGUUGACGCUCAAUACCAACGUGUAACUGAAUCGUGGAACAUUGGCAUGGUUCGACUCAUGCCAUCGACGUGA